GGCCGGGAGCAGCCGGCAGGGACUUUGCAAACUGUGCAAACGUCCCGAGCUGAUCUCGGAGGCUCGCGGCUGCGGGAGGGCCCCCGCAGACCCACAGACCCCUCGUGCAUUCGCCCAGACCUCCUCUAACAGCUCCAUCCGCAGAGCACCCCGCGCGCAUCGCACGCCCGGGAGUUGUCGCGGGGCCACUUUGCCGCUGAGAAGCUGUAGACUUUCGGUCCGAGAAACCCGCGUCCAGGGAAGCCAGGCGAGCCACGGCUCCAGAGGCGGCCCGGGGGCAGAAGGAUGAGCUGGUGAGCCGGUUGAGCGCGCCAAGCAGCAGGUCCAGCCACCACAGGGGACAUGGCGUUUGGGCUCUGGAGAAAGCUGCGUGGCAAGAGGCGGAUGGUGGUGGCAUUUUGCCUCUUACUGACUCUGUCUGUGGUGGCUGUCAUCCGUUUCCCCGCACAGCAUCCAGACGUCGUGGAGCCCCGGCGGGUAACCAGCACUCCUGCCCCUCACAGCCCUCAGGCUCUGAGCUCCCGCCGGAGGCAGCAGGCAAGAAACCUGCGGUUCUGGAGAGGCUGGGCCCUGCCCAGGAAUUCCAUCCUGGUGUGUGCUGAGGAGCAGGGCCACAGAGAAAGAGUGGACAGCAGCAGGCCGUCCCCAGGAGGGGACAGCAGGCGCCCAGGAAGGGUCAGGAGGGACAUUCCUUUGGCAUCUCUAGGAGAUUCGAGACUCAGUACCCAGCGUCCUGUGCUCCUGAGGGAGGAUGAGGUCAAGGGGCCAGGAGCCAAAGGCCUGGGCCCCGCCUGGCAUGAUGGUCCCAUCCAGAAGGUACAGAGUGAGACGGGCAUCCUGGUCGGCCCCCUCGCAGAGCAGUGGAGAGCUGCUGAUGGACCAACCCUUCAGCCCCAUCCAGUGGGAGGCAGGGAUCUGCCAGGAGCUGGGAACAGAGCCCUGACUGGUGGGGGGCAAGCAGGGGACCCCAGCCCGGCCACAGGGACUCGUCGGCCUGGCUCUGUUGGGGAGCUGCAGGGAUCCAUCUGGUGUGCCUCUGAGACCCCCGCGCUGCUGACGGGCUUGAGGACCGGUGGGCAGGUGCCCCCAUGGCUCACAGAGCAUGAUGUGCAGACCCUCCGGCUCUUGGCCCAGGGGGAGGUGGUGGGCAAAGCCAGGGUCCCUGGCCAUGGGCAGGUGCUGCAGGUCGGCUUCUCCACCGAGGGUGCCCUUCAGGACGUGUCUCCUGGACUCAGCCGACUCUGCUCCCAGGGCCUCUGUGGCCUGAUCAAGAGGCCUGGGGACCUGUCCGAGGUCUUGUCCUUCCACGUGGACCGGGUGCUGGGGCUGCACCGGAGCCUACCCGCUGUGGCCCGGCGCUUCCACAGCCCCCUGCUGCCCUACCGCUACACAGACGGCGGUGCGAGGCCUGUCAUCUGGUGGGCACCCGACGUGCAGCACCUGGGUGACCCAGAUGAUGACCAGAACUCUCUGGCCUUGGGCUGGCUGCAGUACCAGGCCCUGCUGGCGCGAGGCUGUAGCCGACCGGGCCAGGCCCAGUGCCUGGGCAUCCACCACGCUGAGUGGGCACGCCUGGCACUCUUCGACUUCCUGCUGCAGGUCCAUGACCGCCUGGAUCGCUACUGCUGUGGCUUCGAGCCGGGGCCCUCGGAGCCCUGUGUGCAAGAGGGGCUCCGGGAGAAAUGCGGGAACCCCAGCGAGCUGCGGUUGGUCCACAUCCUGGUCCGGAGCAGUGAUCCCUCUCACCUGGUCUACAUCGAUAACGCCGGCAACCUUCAGCGCCCUGAGGACAAGCUGAACUUUCGGCUGCUGGAGGGCAUAGAUGGGUUUCCUGAAUCUGUCGUGAAGGUUCUCGCAUCAGGGUGUCUACACAAUAUGCUGCUCAAGUCGCUGCAGAUGGACCUGGUGUUCUGGGAAAGCCAAGGCGGGCGACAGGGGCUGAAGCAGGUCCUCCAGACCCUGGAGCGGCGAGGACAGAUCCUGCUGGGAUACAUCCGGGAUCACAACAUGACACUCUUCAGGGAUGAGGACACGUGAGCCCCCGCCAAUGCCCCGGCAGGGCUCUCGCCUCGCUGCUGGGGUGCUCACAGCACGAGUGGGUGAGCACCCAUUCUGAUCACCGCACUUUCUUGAGUUUACCCAUCUUGAAGACAAAUGGGAAAAGCCAGAAACCAGAGAGCACCAUGGAUGUCACAGGAUGUCACCUGCUUGGGAUGGUGGAGGUGGUUGUGGGUGUUGGGUUUUCAAUCUCGCCACAUUCCUUUCUGCCUUCUUAGCUCUGGCUAUUUACUCCCUUGCACCAAUAAAUACAUUCAAGAACGUUCUAUGAACUGUUCAAUAUAUUGUAAAAUUGUGUACUCCACAUGCAUAUGCAGAGUGGGACAACUGUGUGUGUGUCUUUUCUGUGUGUGUUUUUUUUCUGUGUGUGUGCGUGUGUGUGUGGGUUUUCUCUGUGUGUGUGUGUGUGUAUAGACGUGUGUAUGUGUAGGUGGCAUGUGUUCAUGCCCUCACACAUACAUAAGAUGAGCCUAACAAGGUCUUCGUAGAAUUGUACUUGUGGCUUAGAACUGCUCUGGCUGAAAGUGGACUCAGUCUAAGAAAUGAAACACUAAGCAUUUUGUCUUUAUAGGCUUUAGAGGUUCAAUUCUUAGUAAGUUAUGUUUUUGGUUUAAGAAUUAUAAAAGUAAUACAUGCUCACCAAAAACGAAGUCAUAAACAAUAGAAACACAUAAGGUAAAACAUGAAAAUUUCAGAAACUCCCUAGAGAUGUGU